AUGAGGAAGUUCAAGGAACUAACGGUUCUGGCCGCCAUGGUCCUAGCCCUUUCAAACCAGAAAAGGACAGAAGCAUGGAAGCCCCCACAAAGUCUCGAUAAAGGAGCAGAUGAAGCAUUUAGUGCGCAGUCUAUGGUUGAAACCAAAUGGGGAACACCUUAUACGUAUGUGACCGGGUUCCAGGUUCCUAACAAUUCUCUCGUUUAUUUAUUUGAAACUGCAUCGGGCACGGCCAAGGGUUAUGACGUGGAGGUUGAAUUCCGAAACGAAUGCGCUGGUAUGGGCACUCUUGUGGACAGCGAGAGGUCGGAAGUCUCUGAAAGAUUUUCCAACAUCUCCAGUGCAGAUGAUUGCCAGGAGCUGUGCGGUCAGACGAGGAAUUGCGUCGGAGCAGCUUAUGAUGAGUCUGCAUCAACAUGCAGUCUGAUGAAAAGCUUGCGGGGGCUCACGCAAGGCUUGUCGACAGUGGUUGUGCCGUCUUGCGACUCGGAGUGCUUUCAGGAAGGCAAGAAGAUUAGUGAGAGUGGAACUUCGCUGGGCUUCGCCCCCAAUCCAAAUAUUUGCCAGGCAAUGUGUGAGGGGGAGCCGACUUGCCGCGCCUUCACAUGGACGUGGACGGAUAAACAAUGUUUCUCUUAUGCGAAUGGUACGGUUAUGGUAGCCGCCGAUGACGCAGUAAGUGGGCGAAGGGCAAGCUGCUCAUUAAGCAGGAAAGAGGACACUUAUGCAGAAUCUUGCAUGGUCAGCGAGCUUAGCUCGAAUUUUUACUCUCAUGAGAUUCUGGGAGGCAUGGGUAAUGUAAAUUUCUGCAAAAUUGCCUGUCUCUCUAGGAGCGAUUGCAAUUAUAUUACCUACAAUUCAUCAACUAGAAAGUGCUACAUCAAAAGGGGACGAGGAUCAUUGGUCUUUUCCAAGCGUGCAGACUCGACUGGGCCGAAGUACUGUGACACGAGCUGCUUUCUAAAGGACAUUGAAUACGAAGGGGAGAGAGUUGCCACAACGAAAGCAGACAAGGCUUCUCACUGUCAUUACGAAUGUUUUAUCAAUUCGAAGUGCAUCAGGUGGACCUACGAAGAGAGUACACAGGGAUGCUACUUCUUUGGGGAGACUAAUACUGCUGUGGGUGCACGUUCAAAAGGCUUUUGGAGUGGCCCUAAGGGUGGCUGUGGGAUCGAGCCGCUCUAUGCCUUGGCUGCUCCAGAUUGUGCACUUAAGGGAAUCAAAUACAGCUUAGUGCCGCUUCAAGCUGUGUCCACAAGCACUGCCACGGAAUGCCAACAGAGAUGCCAAGCCGAUUCCAAUUGCAAGACGUUUGCAUUCAAUACGACGGUGAAUGCUUGCGAGCUACACGGAGCCACCACCAAUUAUCACAGAAGAGACAACCACUAUUUCAUAUCAGGUCCAAAAAACUGUUAG